AUGACCAUCUUUUCCCCUCUGCAAUACUUCAACCGGCCCCUGGCGUUGGGCUGCCUUCUGAUAGCCCUGUCCUCGACCAACUAUGGCUUUGACAAUCAAGCCUUCGCGACCACACAGGCAAUGCCGCCCUUCACCAGGCGGUUCGGGAAGCUGAACCAUGCCACGGGCAAGUACGCUCUGGAACCGUACUGGCUGUCUCUGUUCAACAGUCUCAACUACAUCGGCUUCGCUGCCGGUGUCCUUAUCGGCACCGAAAUCUCCUCUCGAUUCGGCCGACGAUGGUGCAUGUUUUGCAUGAGUUGCUAUGCCUUGGUGACGGCCACGAUCGCGGUGACCUCACAACACCGCGAACAAAUCAUGGCGGCCCGAAUCUUGAACUACAUUUAUGUUGGGAUGGAGUUGGCGGUUGUUCCGGUCUACCAAAGCGAGAUCGUCCCGGCCCCGGCAAGAAGUCUUAUUGUCGGCACGUAUCAGCUGAGCAUCGGUCUCGGUGGACUGGUGAUCAAUUCGGUCUGUCGCGGAACUAGCACCCUCUCUGACGACCGCGCGUGGCGCAUCCCGCUCGGCCUGUUCUACAUCAUCCCCACCGUCAUCCUGAGCUUGAUCUUCCUCGUCCCCGAAAGCCCACGCUGGCUGCUCCUCCACGGCCAUGAAGAGGAGGCCAAGAACAACCUGGAAAAACUGCGGGCGGGAGCGUUUACCCAAGAGGCGAUUGAGACGGAGUUCCAAGAACUCAAAUAUGGCCUCGCAGUGGAGCAAGAAAAAGGCCGCUAUAUCGAGUUGUUCCAGGGAACCAAUCUCAUGCGAACGGUGUUGGUGAUUAUGAUGAACGUAUUUCAGCAAGCCACUGGCCAGGCCUUCGCCAGUCAAUACGGCGCCAUCUUCAUUAGCCGUCUCGGGACGGUCAACCCGUUCAGUAUGGGACUGAUCAAUGCCGGGAUUGGCCUGGUGGCUCUCGCAUUCGUCUUACUGAUCAGCGAUCGAAUUGGUCGACGGCCUCUCCUUUUCAUCGGUGGACUCACCCAGGUGGCAGGAUUGAUGACGAUGGGUGGGCUGGGGACACGCCACCCAACAGGUCGCGGAACGUCGAUAGGAAUUGUGUCCAUGAUGACGAUCAUGAGCGUCGGCUUCACCAUUGGCUGGGCUCCCAUGACCUAUGUCGUGUCGACCGAGCUACCGGCGCUGAGACUGAAGGACCUGACGAUGCGGGUUGGAUUCGGGUUCAAUGUUCUCUUCAAUUUUGCCGUCAGCUUUUCCGUCCCCUACUUGAUCUACCCCCAGUACGCCGGGCUCGAGUCGAAAGUGGGAUUCAUCUUCGGAUCGAUCGCGGUUCUCUCCGUCGUCUUCACAUACUUCUGUGUGCCUGAAUGCAAGGGCAAAACCCUGGAGCAGGUUGAUUACCUAUUCCAGCACAAAGUGCCACUGCGGAAUUUCAAGGACUAUGAUUUUGGGGGGAUUGUGCUGGCGGGCGAUGGGGAUGAGGAGAAGGCAGCCGUCAAGGGACUGGCGACAAACUUGAGGCCUAUCGAUGCCGAACGUCAGUGA